UAUAUUAAAAACCCCGACCAAAUGCUUCGCCGGCCGAUCUACGACUGCUCCGCCGCUGCUCGCUACCUGAUUCCUCCGUUGUUGACGUUUUCACGUUUUCUAUUAUCUUCUUCAUCUGAACAAGAAGCUCGAGAGCCGAUGGUAUCGAAUCGGAACCCUAAAUCUUUAAUCGGAUCUCCGACUCGGGUACAAAAGCUCAUAGCUUCGCAAUCGGAUCCUCUCCUCGCCAAAGAGAUUUUCGAUUACGCUUCACAGCAGCCUAAUUUUCGCCAUUCUCAAUCUUCUCAUCUCAUCCUCAUCCUCAAACUCGGCCGUUGUCGAUACUUCAGUCUCAUCGACGAUGUUCUCGCCAAGCACAGAUCGAGUGGAUACCCAGUGACCGGAGAACUCUUAACAUAUCUGAUCAAAGUCUACGCAGAAGCGAAGUUACCGGAGAAAGUUUUAAGUACGUUUUACAAAAUGUUGGAGUUCAAUUUCACGCCGCAGCCAAGACAUCUGAAUCGGAUCCUAGAGGUUCUCGUAAGCCAUAAGGGUUAUCUUGGGAAAGCGUUUGAGCUAUUCAAGAGUGCUCGUCUUCACGGAGUGAUGCCUAACACGAGAAGCUACAACAUUUUGAUGCACGCUUUUUGUUUGAAUGAUGAUUUGAGUAUUGCAUACCAACUGUUUGGUAAAAUGCUUGAGAGAGAUGUUGUCCCUGAUGUGGAGUCUUAUAAGAUUCUGAUACAAGGGUUUUCUAGGAAAGGACAAGUGAAUGGUGCUAUGGAAUUAUUGGAAGAUAUGCUGAAUAAAGGUUUCGUGCCUGAUAGGUUGAGUUACACAACAUUGUUGAACAGUUUGUGUAGGAAGACGCAGCUCAGAGAGGCUUAUAAGCUUCUAUGUAGGAUGAAGUUAAAAGGUUGUAAUCCGGAUAUUGUUCAUUACAACACGAUGAUUCUCGGCUUUUGUAGAGAAGGUCGCGCUAUGGAUUCUAGGAAAGUUCUUGAUGAUAUGUCGGGUAACGGCUGCUCGGCUAAUCUGAUCUCGUAUAGGACAUUGAUUGGAGGACUCUGUGAUCAAGGGAUGUAUGAUGAAGGGAAGAAGUAUCUCAUAGAGAUGAUGUCGAAAGGGUUUUCUCCUCAUUUUUCGAUUUCGAAUAGUUUGGUAAAAGGGUUUUGCAGCUUCGGGAAAGUCGAAGAAGCAUGUGAUGUUGUAGGGUUUGUGAUUAAGAACGGAGAAACAUUGCAUUCAGACACUUGGGAGAUGAUAAUUCCAUUAAUCUGUAAAGAAGAUGAGUCGGAGAAGAUCAAACACUUUCUUGAAGAUGCUACUAAAGAAGAGACAGGCGGUGAUACCAGAAUCGUUGAUGCGGGUGUCGGAUUAGGAUCUUACCUCUCUAGUAAGCUACAAAUGAAACGCAAAAAUGUUAGAGAGAGGAAGAGACAUACAUUUUUUUAGGUUCCUGAGCUGAUGUAGAAAGAAGAAAGAAACGUUGAAACCUCCUCAAAAGUUUCUUAAGAAAGUCUCGUGGUCUUCGUUAUUGGGCCUAACUUGGGCUUUAACAUGAGUUUAAGUCCAUUUUUGCUUCAUAUCAGAUUCUGAUUAAAUUAUAGGAAGUGAGAGUGGCGACUAAGGGAUCAGAUCUGAGUUUCGCAUAAAAUGCCGGAGAUCGAACAAGACGAUGCGGCGGCGGAGACGGUGGAUUCGUCCACCGUUAAAUUCGGUACACCGGAAGCGUUGGAGUAUGUACGAUCACUCACUGACGUUGGAGCGAUGACGCGACUUCUUCACGAAUGUAUCGCUUACCAGCGAAGCCUAGACUCAGAUCUCGA